AUGCCAUUUCGUUCAUUUCAUUGGGUGUGUGGUCCGUGCUUCCUUUUUUGCCAAAGCACCAGAACCCACAUCACAUCAAUUCACCAAAGUGGAUUGUCAACGCCAACGCUCUUCAUCAUUUCUCAUCAUCCCUCGCCGUACUUCAAUUUCACCACCAUGGCUACUUACUACAGUCUCGACAACGCAAUCAGUGCGUUUUUUGAAACCAACACAACUGCAACAAGAGAACAAUGCGAUGCAUUUACCCUCUCUCGCGCUGGUGGGCAGGUCAACCCAGUGCAGAUACAGGGGACGUUCAGCUAUACUGUCACGGCAGGGACUAACAAGUCCAAAAUCUUCCAGUUUCGAAUCCAGGACUCCAGCAUCGAUAUGGAAAUCAUGAACCUGGCCAAGACAGUUCAUCCAAAACUUGUUGCUGACUGCAAAUAUCACGGAACCAUUGGCGAAUCGCGGCCCAUCCACAUCUACGAGAUGGACAACAUUCCUGGAACCGCUUACAUUAUUGCGCGCAAUCUCUCUGUUCCUCAGCCAACUGAUGCUGUUUCCCGGCAGCGCAGCACCGUGACAGACCUCGCGAGUUUCUUCGCGCAGUCAUGGAACAAUAGUCAACAUUUGUCCCAAGACAAUAUAGACACUCUGCGGAGGGAGUUCAGCUCUAAGUUUGAACUUCUUACUCGAUCACUUCCUCACCGUUUUGCGUCGAACCUGAGCAGAGUUCGACAAGUGCUCCCUUCGCUCUUCUCAGGGACACUUCCUUUCGUUCUCAGUCAUGGCGACCUCUGCGAGAUGAACCUCCUCGUAAACUCCAAAACCGGAAACAUUACUGGGAUUGUCGACUGGGCCGAAGCAGCAAUCCUUCCAUUCGGCUUUUCGCUGUGGGGGUUUGAGAAUGUGCUAGGAUAUAUGGAUUCUGAGGGAUGGCAUUACUAUGACAAUCGCCGCGAACUUGAGGAUCUCUUUUGGCAGACCUUUUUGGAGGAAGCCAGAAAUGCCUCGGAGGUUGAUUUGCAGUUCAUCCGGGCUGCGAGGAUGAUUGGUCUGUUCUGCCGGUACGGCUUCAUUGUAGAAGGAAAAGUUGUGAAAGGUGUGGUGGAUCUGUCUGAUGCUUCUUCCCUGGCGUAUCUCGAUGCAUUCUGCACAAUUGAUGACUGGGCCCCUGGAGCGCAAGCAGGAUCAUUUGCGUUGGCGUAA